UGUGUUACAUUCAUUUAAGACCCGCAACAUGGCAGGUCCAGAUCUAGUAAAAACUGUGGUGUACACGAUUAAUAAUAUAUUACAGCAAGAAAAGUAUAAAGCUGCACUUGCAGUUGUUAAAGGAUUCCGAAAUGGUGCUGUGUGAGUUAUGUUUACUUAGUUACUUACUUUCUAGCUAACUAGCUAACUAACCAACUUACUUUGCUUUGCUUAUUUCUAGCUAAUGUUAGCUAGCUUGUCCACUUAGCGAAAGUCUGUUAUCUACGUUAGCUAUUAUUUUACAGCUUGCUAUCCAACGUACAGUAGCUAGCUGCCCUUUGAACUAGUUAGCCAAGGUUUGCCAGCAAGCGUAUUGAAAUAACUAUCUAUGUAGCUAUUGGUCAAGCAAAGUCAGCUAGAUGGACCUAGCGUUGUUGUUAGUUAGCUACUAACGUUAGUUCGCUAUCAAAUCCUGAAACCACUUGACAUUAGUUAGCCUAACUGUAGCUAGCUAGCUAGCUUGCUAACUCAGUGGUUUGACCUUGCUCACAAUUCAUACAAGUUGACUGACCUGCCAUAUCACACACGUGUAAAUGACACUGACCUUGAACCUCAUAUUUCUAAUUUACAGUUAUGGGGCAAAAAUCCGGGCACCCCAUGCUCUUGUCAUGACGUUUCUCUUCAGAAGUGGGAGGUAAGAAUACAUGUAAGCACUGUCCCAAAUCCCUUAGCUAGCGCUAAUAUAAAACAAAACUGCAUAAAAAAUGGAUAAUGCUCUAUUAACAAUGGACAAUGCUCCCCACCCUUUUUCAUAUGCUCAGCCUGAAAGACAAGCUGCGAGCCAUUGCAAAGGCCACGUACCAGCACUCGCGCAACCUAGCAUACUUUGUGUUCACGUACAAAGGACUGCAAGCCAUACAGGAGAGGAUCCAGGGGAAGAGUCUACAGUCUCAGUCCUUCUUCGCCGCCUGCCUCGGUGGCUGGUUGGUGUUUGGGGAAAACAACAACAUCAAUAGCCAGGUAAUCCAGAACUAAAACAUGGCAUAAACUGCUCUAUUAGGAUCUAGGGGAAGAGUUUACAGUCUCAGUCCUUCUUCGCCGCCUGCCUCGGUGGCUGGUUGGUGUUUGGGGAAAACAACAACAUCAAUAGCCAGGUAAUCCAGAACUAAAACAUGGCAUAAACUGCUCUAUUAGGAUCUAGGGGAAGAGUUAUGAGAUAUGAAACUACCGCAAGUGCCAGAACCUACCCCCCCCCCGCUCCCUGAAGUCUCAGGUAAGUCUAUGGGCCAAAUGUCCCCUCCCGAAAUUCAAAACAUGCCCGGUGAAUUGUGAUUUGCCCAAAUAACCAGUGACACAAAACCAGCGCACUGGAACAGUUGUUCCUUGGUAGUCGUCCCAUCCCAUUUAUGUUACAUUUGUCUUUCCUUGAGAGUGUGGCUCAGUUGGUAGAGCAUGGCACUUGCAACGCCAGGGUUGUGGGUUUGAAUCCCACGGGGGACCAGUACAGAAAAUAAAGUAUGAAAAAGGUAUGCACUCACUACAGUAAGUCACUCUGGAUGAGAGUGUCUGCUAAAUGACAAAAAAAAUCUAUAUAUAGCCAGGUAAAUUGACAAUACUUAUGUCAUGAGGGCUGCGCUCAACCUGGGUUACUAAUGCCAAUACAUGACCAAUAAAAUGUCUAGAUAGGUUGCCACCUUGUUGCACUUUGUCCAGUCUUCAAAGUGGUUAGGAGAGAAAAGAGUGGCUAUUCAGAUGGAAGCUAGCCAAUAUUCUUCCUUACUGUAUUUCUAAUUAAAUGUUCUUCCUUGUUGUCUUGCCUAAUUAAAUGUUCUUCCUUGACGUCACGUCUCUAGAUCAACAUGUACCUGCUGUCUAGGAUCCUGUUUGCCUUGUCUCGCCUGGCCGUGGAGCAAGGCAUCGUACCACAGCCCAAGCGGGACCCCUUCCCCCUGUUUGCUACCCUGGUGUGGGGCAUAGUGCUGUGGCUGUUCGAGUACCACCCCCACACCCUGCAGCCUUCGCUGCAGUCGUCCAUGAACUACCUCUACCAUGACAGCAACGUGUGGCACGACAUCUCAGACUUCCUUGUCUACAACAAGCCAAGGACUGUCGCUCCCAAGUGAGCUAAAGCUAAAAUAAGCAUCUCAAUAGACUAAAGUGGCUUCCUUGCCUCGUCUCCUUUCCUUCAUCUGGUCUGAAAGAACUGGACAGGGUGGAAAGCAAAUUCCCAGUAUGACUUUAGACUGUUGGGAUGCAGGCCUGGGCCUGUAUUUAAAAAGUGUCUCAGAGUAGGAGUGCU